AUGGCAGCUCGGCCACAGAGCGUGCGCAGAACCACCGACUGCUAUGUACACUCGAUUUUGAACGAACAUAAGGGAUCGGAAGCGCCAGACCUUAGCUUUCAGGGCGCCACGGAGGAGAAGAUGAGCGACAAGGAUCCGCAUGGUGACAAGAACCAGCGCAACGAGUCGAGACUGCUUACGAAGAAGCAGAUUUCGGACAUGGCGUUCGGCAUACGGGAGCUUGCAAAACGUCUAUCCAGCAUCAGGGUCAAAACGAAUGUGAGAAACGUUUUUGUGCUUUGCAAAGCGCACGACGAAGGUCUAAUCAAGAACACACGGGACGUUACUGAGUGGAUACUACAAAAACAAGAUGGGCUCACUGUCUGGGUGGAAGAAACAUUAGAGCACAAUGAUCUCUUCGAUGCCAAAAGUUUAAGAGAGUCAUGCCCAACCUGCAAGGACAGACUGAGGUUCUGGAAUGAAGAGCUUUGCGCCAAGCGACCGCAGACCUUUGAUAUAAUCGUUGCACUUGGAGGCGAUGGUACUGUACUGUACGCGAGCCACCUUUUCCAACGCAUCGUGCCUGCGGUCAUAUCAUUCUCACUCGGCUCACUUGGAUUCUUGACGAAAUUUGACUACGAAGGGUAUCCGGAUACUUUGACGAAGGCAUUUCACGAUGGUAUUACUGUCAGCUUGAGACUGAGGUUUGAAGCAACCGUGAUGCGCUCGCGGACGCGGGACAAGCCGGACCAGGAUUUAGUAGAAGAGCUUAUAGGAGAAGAGGCCGAUAAUCAACAUACCCAUGUUCCAGAUGGAACGCACAACAUACUGAAUGAGCUCGUGGUGGACCGAGGACCAAAUCCAACAAUGUCAACUAUCGAGCUCUUUGGCGAUGAUCAGCACUUCACAACGAUACAAGCCGAUGGUAUAUGUAUAUCCACACCAACCGGCUCAACCGCGUACAACCUUGCAGCAGGUGGCUCAUUGUGCCAUCCUGAUAACCCGGUGAUUCUGGUGACCGCUAUUUGCGCUCAUACACUGUCAUUCCGACCUAUCAUUCUGCCUGACACAAUUGUAAUGCGAGCUGGCGUGCCGUACGACGCUCGGACGAGCUCAUGGGCCAGUUUUGAUGGCCGAGAAAGAGUUGAGCUGAAGCCUGGCGACUACGUGACGGUAUCCGCGUCACGUUUUCCGUUUCCGAGCGUCUUGCCUCUGGAUAGGAAAAGCAAAGACUGGGUGGACAGCAUCUCAAGAACGUUGCAAUGGAACUCGCGGCAACGUCAAAAGAGCUUCAAGGAGUGGAGUGACAAGUAA